AUGUGGGGGGAGAUAAGCUCUUAUCAUCACAUGACAGACACAUCACUGGAUGCAUUCAUGGAGGCUAUCUCAUGCCUUGGUAGGCUACGAUGCUGCCACCUGGUGCCGAUUCAAGACGUGCUAGAUGACGAGGCUGGGAGUAGCUGUAUUGUUGUUUCGUGCAUGUGGGGCGGGGAGCAGUCUCUCGCGGAGUAUUGUAAAACGUGCAUUAACAUCUGUGAGCCUCCGGACUCCGCGUUUGUCGAAGACUUGUUUUGUCAACUCGUCAUUCUCGCUAAUUAUCUGGUAGAAAGCGUCCCCGAAGAAUGGCAGCAUGACGUGUUUACCAGGCUCUUUUGUCUUUCUAAAAUGUAUGUUACCAGGAUAGGGAGAAUCGUCUUCCGAUUGUGCUUUAGGAAUUGGACAGGCCCAGGUGACUGCUCUGCCUCUUUGGCGACUCUCCAAAUGCUGACCGAGUUGGGAAUUGAGGCAGAUAAUGCACCUCUCGAUGUAUCCUCUAGAGAUUUUUUCUGUCCAGACACCGUGCCCUGGAUUGUAGCUGCAACAGUUUUCAGCGUAGCUCUUUCUGGUCCGUAUCCGGAGGUUUACUCAUCGGACCGACGAGAUAACUACUUAGCCCUUGUUUCCUUCACCAAGCUCCCGAAAGUUGUUGUGCAGGAGAUAUGUCUAGCAAUGGAGCACAGCUCCGCUGAAAGAACUGGUCUGCUUGAGCUUAAAGCAGCAAGGACUGUGGAAGAGCGGUAUAAGCGACUCUGUCUGCAUCUGCAUAUGAGCGACUUUCCGCAGAAGCACAAGACACAGUUAAUAGAAGCUGCUACAAAUGAUGAUGUUUGUAACGUGCUCCUUCGCAGACUUUUCGAUGCUGGAGUUAAGACCGAUCGCGGUACUACAGCCCUGAUGGAAGCAGUGACCAACGGAAACUAUUGUUCUUGCUACGCGCUAGCAGCGUGUGAGGCGGGGCAUGUUGAUAUGCAUGGGUGCUGUGCCACUGAGCAUGCUCUUUUAUCAGGUAGGUUGGAGCUAGUCAGAGCAUUGCUACCUCUAGAACGCCUGGCUCUAAGCUUUGCAGGGUACACAGAGCUUAUGAUGCAUAUCAUGAGAUAUGACUAUGACUCUGCCUACUUUCAUAGUCCUGAACGCCGUGACCUACUGCAAAACUUGGUCGACAGUCACCACUUGCGAUUGACCCACAGAAACCUUACUGCAUUGAUGAUGGCAGUUAUAGUAGGGGACUCGCAGGCGGUGCAGUUGCUAGUGUCCAUAGAAUCCGGCCUUCGCGACCUCGAUGGGCUCGCUGCUAUUAACUAUGCCAUCAAGUUUAACAACCAAGACGCUUACAGGAUACUGGUGCCCCUAGAGACAAUUUCAGAUGAUAGCGGCAACACUCCUCUCCAUGAGCUAGCUUAUCAUAACAAAUAUAAGAGCCUAGGGCUCUUCCAUAGAUUCUUGGGAAGGCUCAACUGCCAAUCCAUGUCUGCGUUAAUGCUUGCGGCUCGCUGUAAUAAUGUAGAAAGCGUUCGCUAUUUGGCCAAGUAUGAGGCCGGAAUGCGCAUGCAGAGCAGGGUUUUCUAUGGACUUAGCUUUGAAAAUGCCACUGCAAUGAUGAUUGCGGCAUACCAUGGAUAUAAGGAGGUUGUUCAGAUUCUCCUGCCGUACGAGGCUCGCUAUCGUGACACACACAGCUUUAAAACAGCACUCAUGGCAGCAGCCAUGGGCGGCCAUCCACACGUUGUCCACUGCUUACUGGAGGAAGAGGGAGGAAUGGCUAAUAAGUCUGGCUAUACAGCUCUCAUUCUGGCUGCUAUACACAACAAGCCGGAGUGUGUGGCAGCUUUGGCGACCAGGGAAGCAGGGAUGCGAUCAAAGAGCGGUGAACUUGCCAUAGAGCUCGCCCUCAAGAAGGGGCACAUAGACGUGAUCACAAGGCUUCUUCCAUACGAGAGAGUUACAGUUGCUCACGCAGAAAAGAUUCUGUGCACGUGUAGCUUAAGUGAUGAACAGAAACGCAAUAUUAUCGAUUCUUUGGCUUCAAACUAG